CGCAGAAUGCCGUCUCAGAAAGCAUACUCCAGGAAUCAUGAACCUCAACAUCAACCCAGCCCCUUCCUCCGACCCUGACCCAACCAUAACCCCCCAACCCCCAUCUCAUCCCCUCUCAUACCUCUCUCGCAUCCCCUCCGACCCCAUCCAACCUGAACCCACAAACCCCUCGCUCCGAACACCACCAGCAGCAGAAAAAACAACAACAUACCACAUCUACCCGACGCACCAAAACCCGUCCCACGCGCUGAUCACCACCAUCCGCCUCCCCAAAUCGUCCUCCGCGCGCCGCAAACACCUAAAACGAAACCCCUCCGCCCUCACCACCGACGAUACAUCAACCCCCACCCCCUCCAGCUACUUCCUACACCUCCCCGCCAUCGCCUUCCACUCGCCACCUCGCACGCUGCGUCGCGGCGCCACAAAAACGAGCCCCCCGCUGUGCAUCAUCCACAACUCGACGUUCUGGAGGCGAUGGCGCAUCCUGUCGGGCUCGGCGCUGAUGGCGACGAUUGAUCCCCGCGGUGUAGUGAGCUGGGAGAGGCGGAGUACCUGGGGGAAUGGACCCGUUGGGGACGCCGAGGUGAAGGGGUAUAAGUUGCGAAAGUGGCGGCUGUGGGGUGAGAGUGGGAAGGCGUAUCAUCGGAGGGUUAAUGCAGAUCGGGAUCGGAAUCGAGGAGCGAAAGCAAGGACGGAGACCCCGGUUCCGGUUCAAGGGCAAAAUGUGAAGGCAAGCGAGAAAAAAGCAGCGCAGACGGAGAUGGGGAUAGAGAUACUGGACGAGAGCACGAAGACAUGGGACCCCGUUCAUGCCUCCGACGUCCUCCCCGUCCCCUGGACGAACCCGUCGCCGUUCUCGAGCCGCGUCAGAUGGUACGGGUUUACGUAUAACGGCGUGCAUGCAACCUGGAAAGGGAGUCGAGAUGUCCCCGCGAAGAAGAAGUGGGGGAGACGGUUGAUGCCGGUGCAUCAUUUAAAACUUGUGGCUGAGUGUCCGAGUCCUGGGAUUAGCCAUUUCGAUACGAAAGGCAGCAUGGGGGAGUUGCAGGGAGGAGAGGAGGUGGUGCUCGCUCGAUACUCGAGUAGCUUGUCGCAUGGAAAGCAUGGUACGUUGGUGAUCUUCGACGAGGAGGUGAGUCGGGUGUUUGGAUCUCAGGGGGUAGGUUCGAGGAAAGAGAAAGGAUUUGCUCGAGAGGGAGAUGAGGUUGGUGAGAUGGAUGAGUAUGAUGUGAUUGUAGCGACGGCGAUGUGCAUGGUCCUUGGGGAGUGGCAGAAACGGAAGACGGUGCUGGAGAUACUGCUCGCGUUGGCGGGGGGUGGAGCGGAGGGGGCAGGGUAUUGAUCGACCCUGUUAGUUAAGGUGUUUAUAAUCUCAUAUUAUAUUGAUAUGGGGAAGUAACUG